CUUUUCUUGCCCCACUUUAUAAUAAAGCAAAAGCAAAGAAUAAAAAAGGCUACUAAAUGAAUGAAAGGAAGAAAGAAAGAGAAGGGAACAUAUGCAAAGGUCUCUAACCCCACAUCUCUAUAAAAAUUCUUUGAGGAAAUGGACUCAAAGUUUCUUCAACCUCAUCUGGGAAAGCAAACAGGACUUUGAAAGCUUUCGCAAAGGGCUUUGAUAGCUUGCAUAAACAAGGAAAUAUGACAAAGUGAAAGAAAGUGAAGGGAAAAAGAAAUUGUAUUUUUUAUAUGCUUCUUUUUUGAAGUCAGCUGGAAAUUGGAGUGCAGAAAUCUUGCUCAUCAGUGCAAAGCUAAUGAUGGCAGGAAACCCUAGCCGGUGGAGCUUGCAUCCACCAUCACAGCAGCCUUCUUCUUUGUUAUCUUCAUCUCUUUCUCCAUCUCUCUUCCCUUCCCAAUAUGUGCUCGGAUCUUCUUCUUCACUUCCUUUCAAUUUUUUGCCUGAUAAUCAAGAACUUCCUCAGUCAUGGAGCCAACUACUUUUGGGGGGUUUGUCAGGAGAAGAAGAAGAUAGGUUUGGUCUGAGUCACUUUCAACCCAAAAAGUUGGAAAAUUGGGAAGACCAUAUCUUAAAUAACAAUUUGUACGGUCAUGAAGAUGAAGAAUUUCAGCCGCCCAGACCUACAUGGUCACAAGUCUUGCCAGUUUCCUCCCUAAGGUCUUGUGUUACAACUAGUAAUAUACUGGACUUCUCUUAUAACAAGUCAGAUGUGAGGAAUCAACAUCCAGAUCAAUCAUCUGAGUGCAAUAGUACGGCUGCCGGUGGAAUCUGUAAGAAGCCUAGGAUUCAGCCGUCUUCAAGCCAACCACCUCUAAAGGUAAGGAAGGAGAAGUUGGGUGAUAGAAUCACAGCCCUUCACCAGCUAGUUUCCCCAUUUGGAAAGACUGACACAGCUUCUGUCUUGUUAGAAGCUAUUGGAUAUAUCAGAUUCCUUCAAGGUCAAAUUGAGGCCCUUAGCUCCCCUUACUUGGGCACUGCAUCUUCAAACAUGAGGAACCAACAGUCUGUUCAAGGAGAAAGGAAUUCUGUAUUUCCUGAAGACCCAGGCCAGCUGUUGAAUGACAUCUGCCUGAAAAGAAAAGGAGGUCCUAACCAGCAGGAUAGCAAUGACAAGCCAAAGGACUUGAGGAGUAGAGGGCUGUGCUUGAUUCCUGUAUCUUGCACCCAGCAUGUUGGAAGCGACAAUGGUGCUGACUAUUGGGCUCCGGCAAUCGGUGGGGGGUUUUGAAGCUAUCUCUGUGGCAUUUUUUUAUUUUUUUUUUGAUGAAAUGGAGCUUUUAAUUGAAUGAAAUAACAUCAUGAGCAGUCACUCUGCAGCAAUCUAAGGCUGAUUGCUCAUGAUGCUAUGCAUUCUAAAGAUUGGAAAAUGCCCAAAUGAUCGUUCCUUCCUGUACCUUCUAACUUAAUUAAUUAAGAUAAUGGUCUUGUAUGUUC